AGAAAAAAAAAAAAAAAAAGGAUGUGUAUACAAGAGUGAAUUACAUUUUUAUAUAGUAUAUAGUAUAGAUCUGACAAAACGGAGAGUACGUAGUAAUUAAAACUACAAAAGCGAAAGAUAAGAGAAGAGAAAGCAAUGCAAUAAAUGAAACCAACCACCAACUAACCUCACACCUUCUACUUUCAUGCAUUUGCACUCAUAAGCUCUCUCUAUAUAAACCCAACCUUCAUUACCAUUCUUCAUUAUCCAAUCCAAUCCAUUACUUACUAAGUAAAAAGAGAAAAAAAAAAAAUUAAGAUAUGGAGGGACUCUUGAAGUUGUCAACUUUGGUGAUUGUGUGCAUGUUAGUGACCGCUCCAAUGGCGUCCGAGGCAGCAAUCUCGUGCGGCGCAGUCACCGGCAGCUUAGGUCAAUGCUAUAACUACUUGACCCGAGGCGGUUUCAUUCCUAGAGGGUGUUGCUCUGGCGUUCAGAGGCUCAACAGCUUGGCUCGUACCACCCGUGACCGCCAACAAGCUUGUCGUUGUAUCCAGGGAGCAGCGAGAGCCUUGGGUUCUCGACUUAACGCUGGUCGUGCUGCUCGUCUCCCUGGUGCUUGCCGUGUUAGGAUCUCUUACCCCAUCAGUGCCAGAACCAACUGUAACACCGUCAGGUGAUCAAAAGAAGAUAGACGUUGAAGGGUUUUCAUAUAAUCGAUGAGAGAGUAUUAAAAAUAAUUAAGAUGUCACACUAUAUACACACUAGUGUAUCCUUUUACUGUUAUUAUUGUUGUGUUUCUAGAUUUUGUGUUUUCAUGUCUUUCUUUGUAUAUGACGGUCCAUUUAAUUGGUCGUCUGUGUUAUGUACUCCUCUAAUGAUAUAUUGAAUUUACGAUUAUGUAUUAUCUUCAAACUCUUGCCAUUAACUUUGGUCACGUUCUGCUUUUGGAUGCAUCCUAUUCCUUCUUCUUCUCCACAGUCCGUACACAAUUCUCUUAACA